AUGACAAGCAAAUCCAACGAUGGGCAGCCAUUCGCUGCUGUCCUGGCAGCAGUUGCGACAAUGCAGGGUAACGUGUCGCGCUCUGAAAAGGCCCAAGCACAUGAAUAUCUGGAGAAAUUCCAAAAAUCAGUCGAGGCAUGGACAGCCACGCAUGCUAUGCUCCAGACUCCCGAAAUCCCCAUAGAGGCGAAACUUUUUGCCGCGACAACGUUGAAAGGAAAAAUUACCUACGACCUCGACCAAUUGCCUCCCGAUGCCGUACCGUCUUUGCGGGACUCCAUGUUGAAUCAGCUUGCCGCGUUUGCUUCCGGACCGCGACCGAUACAAACACAACUCUGCGUGGGCUUGGUGAAUCUCGCCAUUCAGAUGACUUCAUGGAAGGACGUCCUAGCAACGGUGGGCUCGGCGUUGGGAAGCAAUGCUGGAGACUGUGUACUGGAAUUCUUGAAGAUCCUCCCAGAGGAAGUGACCGAAGGUCGCAAAAUCAACCUGAGUGAAGAUGAGCUUGCAGCUAGAACCAAGGAGCUCUUGGACGAUAAUGCGGACCAAGUUAUGCACCUUUUGACACAGUAUUCACAAUCGUCAGCUACCGCUGCGACAAAUCCUCGAUUAAUCGACUGUAUAACAUCUUGGCUACGUGAGAUUCCCGCCACUCAAAUAGUCGAGUCGCCGUUGCUCGACGUUAUAUUAAAGGCGCUUGACAACGACGCAUCCUUCGACGCCGCUGUGGACUGUAUUUGUUCGAUUUACAGAGAUACCCGAGAGGUGGACGAUUCACUGUCCGCUAUACAGAGACUUUAUCCCCGAAUAGUGGCACUUCGCCCGAAGCUCAGAGAACUUGCAGAAGCCGAAGAUGUGGAGGCAUUCAAAGGUUUGACCAGGUUGUUUGCUGAGGCUGGAGAGGCUUGGGKGGKUUUGGUGGCAAGGAUGCCGAGAGAAUUCCGCGGUCUCGUCGAAUCCGUACUCGAGUGCUGUGUUCUCGACAAAGAGCGGGAGGCGGUUUCUUUCACCUUUAAUUUCUGGUACGAGUUGAAGCAGUACCUAGUACUGGACCGUUAUGCCGAAGCGAAGGCCGCUUAUGCCGAUAUUUUCUCCCGUCUAGUAGACAUCAUGAUCAAGCAUUUGGAAUUUCCGACCCCUGAAGAAGGCGAUUCUGCAGAUCUUUUCGAUGGUGACCGUGCACAAGAGGAGCGAUUCCGUGCUUUCCGUCAUUCAAUGGGAGAUGUUCUUAAGGACUGCUGCGCCGUUAUUGGGGUCACCGAAUGUUUGAUGAAGGCAUAUCAACAGAUUCAACAAUGGGUAUCAAAAUAUGCCUCUCAGGCAACAAAUGCAAAUGUGCCUCACUGGCAGGAGCUUGAGGCACCACUUUUCAGUAUGAGAGCUAUGGGGCGAAUGGUCGAUUCGGAAGAGAGCACAGUGCUGCCGCAAGUUAUCCCAUUGAUUGUUCAGAUUCCAGAUCACGAAAAAGUGCGCUUCUCUGCAAUUAUGGCGCUCGGUCGGUAUACAGAAUGGACAGCCAACCAUCCCGAAACGCUAGAAGCACAGCUUAAUUAUGUGAUUUCGGGAUUUCAGCACACAUCGCAAGAGGUCAUUGGAGCGGCAGCUCUUGCCUUUAAAUAUCUCGGCAGCGACUGCAACAAACUUCUCGGAGGACAUAUACCACAGCUACACUCGUUCUACGAGUCGGUACUGGACAAGCUCAAACCACCGAGCCAGGAAGAAAUAACUGAAGGUGUUGCUGCAGUCGUCGCAGUGCAGCCCCUUGAUAAGAUUUAUGAAUCGAUGAAGCUGUUCUGUGAUCCGAUUAUGGCGAGAAUCAUGACUUUGGCAAACAAUGCACAAGACGAGCAAGGACAGAGAGCAGUUGCAGAUCACUUGCAACUUAUUACCAUCUUCAUCCAGCUCGUCACGCCAUAUGUUGGGCCACAUGGAGAGAAUCCGGCAGUGAAAUACUGCGGCGAGAUUAUGCCAAUUCUCAAUACGCUUGUAAUGAACUUUACCAAUUCUACGCCGAUAUUGGAACGAGUUUGCCGUUGCUGGAGAUACAUGAUCAUUUCUUACCGAACUGCCAUGAUUCCUUUGUUGCCAAGUCUGGCACAGAGCUUGGCAGCAGGGUUUGAAGGGUCUCGAGAAGGUUGUUUCUUGUGGGCUACGGAUGCAGUCGUUAGAGAGUUUUCUGAAGGCGCUGAACUGGUUGAUGCAGCUACGAGUCAGGCUGUGUAUCAAUUCUUCGAGCAACAAAGUCUUACUUUCUUGCGAAUUCUGAACGAGUUGCCUCCUGAGCAAUUACCAGAUGUGAUCGAAGACUUUUUCCGUCUUGCCAGUGAUGCAAUCCGCUUCUACCCCAAAGAAUGCGUUACUUCCUCGCUGGUGGUAUCUAUCUUCUCCGCGGGCCUCAGCGCUCUCACAUUACAGCAAGUCGACCCGCUUAUUGCAACACUGCAUUACUAUCGGGAUUUGUUGAGCUUUGGCUUUGAGACGCCGUCCAUUUCCAACUUUAGCGACCCGGAUGGACAACCAUACACAAACCCACCCGAAGUACGGAAUGCAGUGAAAGAGCUGGUCGGCAACCAAGGUCAACUUCUGGUUGAGCGGGUUUUGACGGGAAUGAUGUUCAGUUUUCCAGAAGAUUGCUUCCCCGAUGCUUCUGGAAUACUCAUGACACAGUUCGAGCUGCUGCCACAACAGACUGGACUGUGGGUUCAAUCGACGAUAGAACGACUUCCAGCCGGCACGAUGAAGCCAGGCGAGGCUGAGAGGCUGUUGACGAGUAUAUUCGAAAAGAUUCAAUUAUCAGAGGGUCGCAAGAUACGUGUGCUUCUACAAGACUUCACGAAUUCUUACCGACGACGGAACGUUGCACCACGAGACGGUCUUGGACGGUUAGAAGCGACGCGUUUCCGUUUCAGCGGAUAA